CGUUACAAGUUAAAAAAAAGUUUCAGUGGGAUAUUGUGUAUUCAGUUGAUUGUAUACAAAGAUAUAUUAUUACAAUACAUGUUCGUAUGCAUUUGCUUUCCAGGACUAUCUACAUAAUAUGGUUCUUAGUUUUUAGGAGUUCAAGAAAUUUGCUACUUCAUCAAAAGUGUUUUUUUGGGAUCCGAUGCGGACACAGAUCAGAUUUAGAUGUGUCACAUAAUGCAUGUUAUUCUAGUUUAUGUGUUGUUUUCAGCAUUCCUAUAGAUUAUUCUAACCAACAGUUAACACAUUAUUAGCAGCAUACAGUUACUUAGCUUUUAUUUUCAGAUAUACUAGAUCAUAUGCACUGUCCUUGUGGAAGUAAAAGUUAAUAUUCAAACUGUUUCCUCUAUUUCUUCAAGUAAUGAUGUUGCAAAAGUUCUAUUUCAAUUUACUCUAAAUUAGAACUUCAAAAUAGUUUUAACUAUAUCAGUUGGCCAUCUGAUAAUCACCACCUCCUGUUAGCAUGUGUACAAGAUGAAGCUCUGUGAAAGAGUGAGAAGUUAAUCAUGUAAUUUACUAUAUUGGUUAUUUCAAGUAUGCUAAUGCAGAGUUGAGUGUAUACGUUGUGUGAGAAUAUUUAAACCAACUUUUUGGCACUCUAAAAGAAAUGGUUAUGGUGAUACAGCAACCACUACCUUUACCAUAAUAAUCAGGUUUUGAGACCUGUGACUUAGUGCCAAAAUAGUUCCUUGCUUCCGGUAUGAUUGCACGGAAGCAGAUGAGCCGCACAAUCACUUGUUGAGUGCCUCUGCUGGAAAUUGUGGAUACCUUACCAUACGACAAAACUGUUGAUUUUCUGAGGUUUCUCAUAGAACUCUACCAACUCACGGAUAUCAAGAAACUUGAAAAGCAAAGAGGCAUAGAGAAAGCCUUGCUUUGAAGUGUUUAACGUGGAUUAAACCCUAAAACUUUGACGUCCUCAUUUUUUAAAGAUAUAAAAAGGGAGAUUUCGCACACCGUUCAGAACAAUGGCUUCGUUUGGAUCUCUUAAGCAGGCUAUCUUUGAUAGACAAACAAGAAAACAGCAAUACCAAGAUCACAUACGAGGCCUGAAUGCUUAUGAUCGCCACAAGAAAUUCCUCAAUGAUUAUGUUAGAUUUUAUGGAAGAGAGAGAUCCACACAAGAAAAGUUACCUGUUAAAACAGAUCAGGAUACUCUUAAAGAGGGAUACCGAUUCAUACGAACUGAGGAAGAUGAUAUGAAUCCAUCAUGGGAGCAAAGGCUGGUGAAGCGCUACUAUGACAAGCUUUUCAAAGAAUAUUGUAUAGCUGAUAUGACACACUAUAAGAGUGGCAAGAUUGGUCUGAGAUGGAGGACUGAAAAGGAAGUGACAUCUGGGAAAGGGCAUUUUGUCUGUGGUAACAAACACUGCAAUGAGAGAGACGGUCUAGCAAGCUACGAGGUGAAUUUUUCAUAUGUUGAAGCAGAAGAAAACAAACAAGCCCUGGUGAAAUUGGUAGCCUGUGAGAGAUGUGCAGAAAAGCUUCUUUACAAAAAGAGGAAAGAGAAGGAUCAAUCUAGAGAGGACCUGAAAGAUAAGCAUCGAAGGAGAAGGGGAAGAUCUGCGAGUGAUGAUGAACAUAAGGAUGAUUAUUACGAACGAAGGAGAAGGGGAAGAUCUGUGAGUGAUGAUGAAAAUAAGGAUGAUAAUUACAAACGAAGGAAGAGGGAAAGAUCUGUAAGUGAUGAUGAUACUAAAGGUGAUAAUUACAAACGAAGAAAAGGAAGGAGUAGAGGGUCAAAGGCUCCAACUUCAUCUGAUAAUCAAGAUAAUGAGAAUAUGGAUGAGUAUCUGGAGGGAAUGUUUCCUUGAGACAGGAGGCUACUGAUGUUUUUGUAGAGAUUUUGAAGUCUUCAUUAAAUUUGUUUAGAUUGCAACUAGGUAUUUUUGUCUGGACAACGGAGAGGAAAAUUGGUAGGAAAAGCACAAGUAAUUUCGUAUUUUUGAAAGGCUAGACUGGUUAAGAAAUACACGAAGGAACCUGGAAACGCUGGAAGUGGGGAGCUCAAGUAUUCUAUUGAGUCGUCUCUUCCAUGUAAAAGCAAGAAGUGUAGCAAGUGAUGUUUCUACUUAGUUUUCAACAGUUUUUGUUAAUGAGUAGCUCCUCGGAAUGUAAAUAUAUGAUCCAUGUACACUUAUGUUGGUUAUGCAGUUCACUUCUUUGACUAAAUGGAUGCUUCAUCUCCAAUAUUGUAGAUCAA